AUGGAGGAUCUCCCGGAGGAACUGUUUGCAGAGUUCCUCAAAAGGAUCACCAGGACAAGUGAUCUGAAUUCUCUUUCCCUUGUGUCGAAGCGGCUCUACAAGAUUGAGGCAGAUCAGAGGGGUGCUAUCCAUGUUGGAUGUGGCCUUUGCCCUGCUACAGAAGCCUUGACAUCGCUGUGCACCCGAUUCCCUAAUUUGUGUAAAGUGGAAAUCGACUACUCUGGUUGGACGGCAGGCCAUGGCAAUCAGUUGGACAACCAAGGCCUCUCUGUGUUAUCAUCUCACUGCCCCUCGCUGGCUAGUCUCGGUUUAAGCUUUUGCUCAUACAUCGAUGACUCUGGUCUUGGUUAUCUAGCCUGUUCCAAGAAACUAGCGUCCCUCAGGUUGACGUCCACACCAAACAUAACUUCAAGAGGGCUUCUCACCGUGUCUGUUCAUUGCCAGAGUCUUUCUGCUCUCCACAUUAUUGACUGCAACAAAAGGGAGUAG